UCGUGCUGAAUAUGUGGCAGCGUAGUUCAUGAAAAGCAGGAAAUGACAACACUGUGUGUCCAUGAUGUGACAAGUUCUUUAUGUUGAUGAUGUUUGGCUCCUGUUGAGCCAGUGAGACUUUGAUUGAGAUCACGGGUUGGUUAAUGAGUAACACAGGAAAGGUGCAACCUUCAGCAGGCGUUUGUUCAGCUCUUACUGUGUGACUCACACAGCCACAACAGGCUCAGAUCUCUGUUUAUUAUACGGACAGGAGUGGAUAACAGGACGCUUGUGGAGCUUUUUGUUCUUUGUAUGAAGUUGUUUUUUGUCGGUUGUGACUGAGAAACGGUGCUUCUAUGGAUAACACAAGCCCUCAGACGCCGGCCUCCGGCUCGUCGGCUAAAAUUGACCAAGUGCAAAGUCAGGUCAACGAGGUUAAAGUUAUCCUGAAAGACAACAUCAGCAAAGUGCUGGAGAGGGGCGACAGAUUAGACGACCUGAUUGACAAGACUGGCGACCUCCAGGCUUCUGCGGACUCGUUCCAAAGAACAUCCACACGGGUUGCCAGGAAGUACUGGUGGAAAAACAUUAAGAUGAUGAUUAUAAUUGGUGUGAUUGUGUUGAUCAUCGUCAUCCUCAUCAUCCUCUUCGCCACAAAGGUUAUCUAAAACCUGCUGGCACUCUGUCAGCAGCCCGGGACUGAAAGCAAUCGAGCUGGCGGGAGAAGCUCACCAACACAAAGCUUGUAAUUGCACUCGCGAAGAGUCUCAGAUCAGCUCAGCUCCAACAGAUGUUUUAUUUCCAGAUCAAAUGUUUGUCAAAUAUAAAUGAUUUUAUAGCAUCAGAAAGCCUGUUGAUUAAGUUACUCUGAGAAUUUGGAACUCGGAGCUUAAAAUGUCAGAAAGUUGGCUUCCCUGAACACUCCAACAGUCAUUAAAGGGACAUUUAGCCGCAAAAUUAAGAAUACAUGGGGUGGACUGUCCCUUUAAUUUGACAUAAUACAACUCUUAAUAUUGGACAAGGAUCACAAAUCCAGAUGAUUGUUUAUUAUUUUUAUUUUGUCUCAUUUUUAAUACCCUGUGUGUGUGUGUGUGUGUGUGUGUGUAUUUACCGUGUAUUAUGUCAAGCUGUAAUAACGUGUAUAUUAUAUGACCGAUGACUAUGAUAAAGAGGAUGAACUGUAACAACGUA